AUGGAACAGGAUCUGAAAAGUAAAAUUGAUGAAGCUUGUAGAACAGCCGAACAGUUCACGAAAUUAUAUUACGAAAGUCUGGACAAGAGAAGAUAUCACAUUGCAAGAUUAUACCUUGACACAGCUCAAUUAAUAUGGAAUGGAAAUGGAGUUGAAGGAAAAGAUGAGAUUCAAAAGUUUUGGAUAAACUUACCUGUAUCUAAUCAUAAUAUUACAUCGUUAGAUGCUCAACCUGUCACCAGUCCAGCAGUUGAAGAACAGUUGACUUUUCUAGUGAAAGUAGGUGGCCAAGUAAAAUACAGUGACAAAGCUUCUAAGCCAUUUAAUCAAGUAUUUUUAGUAACAGCCACAGGUGACAAAUGGAAGAUAGUCAGCGAUUGUUUUAGAACGCAAGAAUCGUUAGAAAAUGUUACCGGUUCAUAA